AUGGGUGGGUCGAUAUCGAGAAUAUUGUCAGGCCUGUUUUGGACGAAGAAGGAAAUUCGCAUUUUGAUUUUGGGGCUUGAUAAUGCUGGAAAAACAACGUUACUCUAUAGAUUAAAGAUCGGCGAAGUCGUCACAACCAUCCCAACAAUCGGCUUCAAUGUUGAAUCCGUCACAUAUAAAAACCUGAAUUUCAACGUCUGGGACUUGGGCGGACAAACCUCCAUUCGUCCUUACUGGAGAUGUUACUAUGCCAAUACCGCCGCCGUGAUCUUCGUCAUUGAUUCCACAGACAUCGAGCGGCUAGGGACCGCCUCAGAUGAACUAGCCACAAUGCUGAACGAGGAGGAACUGCGCGAUGCUGCCUUGCUCGUCUUCGCGAAUAAACAGGAUCAGCCAGGCGCCAAAGGUGCGGGAGAAAUUUCUGAGGCGUUAAAGUUGGGUGAGCUGCGGGAUCGCAAUUGGAGCAUUGUGGCAUGUUCUGCUAUUGAUGGGAAGGGAAUCGAGGAGGGGAUGGAUUGGCUGGUGAAUCAAGUCCGAGCACUCUGA